UGAGAGGGAGCGAAUUGGCGCGAGCCUCAGUCAGGCGCCGGCCUCAGGCAGCGCCGGUCGUGUCAUGGAUUGUGUAAGGUAAAGGGCAUGCGGGCCGCGCUCGCCGCGCUGGCGGCUUGCUGCGUGGUAGCGAGCGCCGAGGUACCCUCCGCGCGCCUCGCCCCGCGCAACACCACUGCCCAUCACGUCCUUCAGUGCAGUGAUGGGCUUGUCCUUCCCGUCUGGCAACCUCUUGAAGAUGUCCCGACCCUCGAAAUUGCUAUCCGCGGGUCCGUCUACUUCCUGUCACUACUCUAUCUAUUUAUCGGAGUAUCUAUCGUCUCCGACCGAUUUAUGGCCGCUAUUGAAGUGAUUACCUCCAGAGAGAAAGAGGUGCGCGUACGGCGAAAUGGAAGUGAUCAAAUUAUUGUCGUGCGUGUGUGGAAUGAAACUGUAGCCAAUUUAACUUUAAUGGCUCUCGGUUCGAGUGCGCCGGAAAUCUUAUUGUCAGUCAUCGAAAUAGCUGGGAAAAAUUUCGAAGCUGGUGAUUUAGGCCCUGGCACAAUUGUGGGAUCAGCGGCCUAUAAUUUAUUUGUUAUCAUCGCCAUUUGCGUUUUUGUGAUUCCGGACGGCGAAGUGAGAAAAAUAAAACAUCUGAGAGUGUUCUUGGUCACAGCGUCAUGGUCCGUUUUUGCAUAUGUUUGGUUGUAUUUAAUUUUAGCGGUGAUUUCACCAAGUGAAGUGGAAGUAUGGGAAGGCUUAGUCACAUUCCUUUUUUUCCCAGCCACAGUCUUAACAGCCUAUAUAGCUGACCGAAGGCUAUUAGUUUACAAGUAUUUGAAAAAGGGUUACCGUGUUAAUGAACGUGGCGUGAUCGUAGAAGUGGAAGGUGAUGGCUCAGUGGAAAUGGCCCUAAAACCAUGUGAUUUUGGUGACGAUGAGGAAGGCCGGGAACUUGAAAAAUCCAGAAAAGAAUACGUACAAGUGCUGCGUGAUUUAAGAAAACAACACCCUGAAGAGGAUUUGGAAACGGUUGAGCGUAUGGCACUAGAAACAUUAAUGGCAAAAGGGCCAAAAUCUCGUGCAUUUUACAGAGUAGCAGCUACGCGUAAAAUGACUGGCGGGGGUGACUUUUCCAGAAAAAUAUCAGAAAGAGCGCAGAGUGAUUUGAGCGAAGUAAAAGCUGAGCUGCAACGUCGUGAGUCAAGUUCAGUGACUGCGGAGCCCAGAGGACCACAUGUUCGCUUUGACCCCGACCACUAUACGGUUCUGGAAAAUUGUGGUUCGUUUGAAGUACGUGUGGUUCGCGGCGGCGAUUUAAGCGGCGAAGUCACCGUUCAGUAUACCACAGAGGAUGGGACGGCGGAGGCUGGUUCAGAUUAUGUAACAGCACAAGGAUCACUCACAUUCGGACAUGGAGAAACUGAAAAGAAAUUUUCUGUCCAAGUUAUAGAUGACGAAGUCUUUGAGGAAGAUGAGCAUUUCUUCGUUCGACUCAGCACUCCGAAGGGAGCUUGCUUAGCUUCGCCAUCGAUGGCGACUGUGGUGAUCCUGGACGAUGAUCAUUCGGGUGUGUUUUCGUUUUCGCAAAGAGACUAUGAAUUGACAGAGUCGGUUGGGACGUAUGAGUUAAAAGUGGUAAGGACCGCUGGCGCCAGAGGUCGUGUGCGGGUCCCAUAUAACACAGAAGAUGGUACCGCGAAGGGUGGUGCACAGUUCGAGGCAUCAGAAGGACACCUUGUCUUUGAGAACAAUGAAACUGAAAAAGUAAUCCCGCUGCACAUAGUUGAAGAGGACAGCUAUGAAAAGGACGUACUUUUCUACGUCAACAUCGGUGACCCAGAGUUGCUUGAUGACCGCAACAAACCUGUACCAUCUAACCGUAAAGUGAACAAGUUAACAACGUUGGCGGAGGACGAGUGUGUCGUCGCCAUGAUGGGGCUGCCUCGAGCCGGCGAGAUAACCAGAGCUCAGCUUAGAAUUAAAGAAAGCAAGGAGUUCAAGAAUACAGUGGACAAACUGGUCCAAAGAGCAAAUGCCUCGAUCAUUAUAGGGACUUCUUCCUGGAAGGAACAGUUCACAGAAGCCUUGACGGCCAGCUCAGAUAAUCCUGAUGAGCCGCCGUCAUGUUUAGACUAUGUAAUGCACAUAUUAACGAUAUUCUGGAAGAUUAUAUUUGCAUUCGUACCACCGACUGAUAUCGGUGGUGGCUACGUCUGUUUUGUCGUGUCUAUAGUGUGUAUUGGCCUGGUAACUGCUGUAAUUGGCGAUGUGGCAUCACACUUUGGCUGCACGCUGGGCAUCAAAGACUCCGUUACUGCGAUAAUAUUCGUUGCUCUCGGGACUAGUAUACCCGAUACAUUCGCAAGUAAAGUGGCCGCUAUACAGGAUAAGCACGCAGAUGCGUCAGUGGGAAAUGUGACUGGUUCGAACGCAGUGAACGUCUUCCUUGGUAUCGGCGUAGCAUGGACCCUGGCCGCCGUGGUGCAUUGGACACGGAACGAGAAAUUCCACGUGGAUCCGGGAAACCUUGCCUUCAGCGUGACGAUGUUCUGUUCUGAAGCGGCACUGGUGGUGAUAGUUCUCAUGCUGCGCAGGCGAAAGUCAGUGGGUGGUGAGCUGGGCGGGCCGCGCGGUGUCAAAAUAAUCACAUCUAUAUUCUUCUUUUCUUUAUGGUUAACUUACCUCACUUUAUCUAGUUUAGAAGCCUACGGUGUUAUUAAGGGAUUCUAAAAUACGACCAUCUUGAAUACUUGUAAUACGUCAAAAUUAAAGAGUACAAUAUCAUAUUCUGGCCAAUCAGAUUAUCGCGUGCGAGGAGCAGAUUGACCAAUCAUGCGACGCCAAAUUAAUAAGUAUUACAAUGUAUUGGAUUGAACUUAAUUAUCAACUAUUAGUUAAAUUUAUAAUGAAUUUGUAUGCUGGACCGAUAAAAACUUUUUGGUUGGACAAUAGUUCGUUUUGUUUCACAACAAUUAUUAUUAAUGAAGCGAUACACUGGUUACCAUAGCAACGCUAUUAAAAGUAUGCGCGCGUCAAUAAUUUUAUGAAUAUUUUGUAUAACUUUAUAGAAUUUUAUACAAUUAAUUUCAAUCCAAUAAUUAGAAAGUUUAAAGCGGUGAUUGUCCAGUCAUUAGGUAGUUAUUUAUAAAAAUAAUUUAUUUAGAUUAAACGCUUUAAUAUGCAUAUUUAUUUCGUAGUUAGGUAUAUAAAAUUAAUAAUUUUGUUACUAAUAUUUAUUGUUUUUUAUAGAAAAAUUUUAUACGGACUUCUAUAUUUUACGAAUAACGAAUUGAUUUGACAUCAAAUCAAAAUCUUUAAAGAAACAUCCUAAAUAACUUUCUCGUUGCUUCCAAUGUUGGCAGUAUAAUAACAGUUUCGGUUGAUGGAUCUAUGAUUAAGAUGAAGUAUUAUCUAACAAGGUCAAAUAUUUGUAAAAAAAAACUUGUUGCGGGCACCGGGACAGCUCUAUUCGGAAGGUAUUGUAUCCAUUUCUGACUAUUGUUCUACCCCUUUGUCACGCGAAAUAUCAUAUAUUUGUUUCCAACUUUACUAUACAGCUCAUAGUAUUUAAAAUAAUUUGUUAUUCAUAAACAUAUAGACAGAGCAGUAGUUAGUUCCUUUUUUGUUAACUGGACGGGUGUGAAUUUUAAACAUACGUCAUACUCAAGUAGUUCUUUGCAAAUUGAGGCAUUGUGCUCAAAAUAUGUACAGGUAGCGUGUCUCUUCUUCCUUAGAAUGUGCUUUUCUCUAUUAAUGGCACUUUUAUGUAUUGGAAUGGCAACACAUAGCUGGUUUUAAUGCACCUUAAAAAUCUAAGAUUUGUUACAAAUUCUCCGAAAAUAGUGUUGUGUGAUUGAAAUUCAAAUCUAAACCAAUUAUAUUUUAUGUGUACAGUAGCUCCUACAGUGAAUAUAUUUUAAGAUAUCGGCUAGUCUUUACAAAAUUUACUACGUCAAUAAGAUAGAGAAGGAAAAGGCCUAUAAAAGUUAUCAAAGAUGUAGGGAUUCGGUUAUAGCAGAACUUUAUUAUUAGUAAAAGUAUACGGUUGGGAUUACGUCAUUAUCAAAAGCAAAGAAUAACGUAACUUUUUUAUUCGCUUAAUUUAAUUAAUUAAUUUCUGUUAUAACCUUUUUAUGAAUUUAACUUCUUUAGGCUCUAUACAAUACGAAAUAUAACGUAAACAUAGGUCCGACCUGACUCAUAUUUUCACCUGGUUCAUUACAUAGAACCACAACAUCCUUAAAAUUCUUUCUUUUUAAAAGUUUGUACUCAACCCUGCUUUACGAAUACAUAGGGCCAUAUCCCUAAUAUUACAUGAGCAUCUUGGAUCUUUCCUCAUCAAAAUGUGCAAUAAACAGCUAUGUGAAUUCGUCAUUCCAAUCAGCGUGGAAUGCUUAAAAGCCUUGAGGGCUGUGGUUAAAGGUCUAAUUAGAAAAUAAAUAGAAAAAAUAUCUGUAUAGAGAUUUGUGUCGUAGUAGUUGAGCGAUUACAUAUAAUAAGUCACUCUCAUUGAGGCGAGAGGAUUUCAGAUCUAGUCGUAGAUAUGUGUUUGAUAGUUUUAUUCAAUAUGCCGUUUUAUGUAUAUGUAUUAAACCGUGUGUUCAGUGCCAUAGUGAGCUGCGAAUUUGUGGUUUCUAUAUUUAGUUCAGCUGCACUUUUAAAUUGCGCAAGAGUUUUGUGUACUACACUUACUAGCAAUUUUUAGUCGAGUAUUAUAUG